AUGAUGUCAAACACUGUUGGACGCCUUGCGCUUUUCGCAACACUCCCUUUACUGACUUUGGGAUUCACUGUUACACAGGACAACGAUGGUCCUGGCCAAACCGUGGCCCAGGCGAUUUUUACCGGGCAGGGCCUGAGUGUAGUGAACUGGGACUUGAGUGCUGCAUCGGGCAGCUAUGGAUCCUUCGCUGACGGCCCAUUCGGCAUCGGCAGCGGUGGCAUCUUGGCCACUGGUCCCAUGUCUGGCGCCCUGCCUGGAGGAAAUCGUAAUGUCGAUAACGGGCAUUCGAAUAACGGAGAGCAUGACAGCUACUGUGGACCCAAUAGCCAGAAUGCCCUCGUUCUCUAUGCAGGCGUCUUUAUUGACUCUGGGUAUAAUGGAGUCUCAGCUAGAGUUUAUCCUGGCCACGGAAGAGGACGAAGGAAUAACUAG